CCCUCCACGAACCCUGUGUGCGUGCGAGUGAAUGCGAAUGUGAACGCGAAGAGGUCGUCGUCAUCAUCGACAUCGUCCAAUGACGGUAGUGGAGAUCGAGAGAAAGAAAGGGAGUAGCGAGAUCAAGAUGAUGUUCACAGGGAAUGCAGGGAAGAAGCGCAGUGCCUCGAGUCACCGCAAGAAUUGCCAUCGCAAUCAACAUCAUCCUCGCCUCUCCUAUCAUGCCGAUCAGGUGAAGAUGAGACCUGGGGUGAAACCCCGAGUCCCGGAGUACCAUCGGCCAGGAGACGAUGGGUGGUUUUUGGACGAGGAGUUUUUGCGGCAUGGCGGAGGGCUGGCGAGAAGGCGAGGAGCCAUCAAGCAUCAAAAGGUCCACGAGGUCAAAGGUCACAAGUUCGUCGCCAAAUUCUUUCGACAACCCACCUUCUGCGCCUUCUGCAGGGAUUUCCUCUGGUAUCUUUCCAUUUCUGCCCUCACAUAUCUUCUCUUUCAUCCUACUGCACAAAGAAUGGUCUAG